GUAACCCUCUCCCCCCAUCUCCAUGCCCUUCUCCCCAGGUCUCUCUGCCUCUCAUCUCUGUGGGCUCCUGUGCCCAGGGCUGCCUGGGCAGGGCGGUGGCAUGGGGUGGUGGAGGAGGUGGCUAGGGGUGGGCCCUCUAUCCAAUGCAGCUCCUUAUUCUCAUCAGCAUUCUCCUCGCGGGGCCCCCAGCCCCGACCAAUACGGUCUCCCCCUCCCUCGACUCCCCUCCCUCCUUGCUCUCAGCCUGCCUCCCUCCCUUCCUCCUGCCUGCCCUCCUCCCUCCCUCAUCUCUCUCCCCCCGCCCCCCUGCGCUCCAGGACCUAGCGCGGGCGGCGGGCAGGCAGGCAGGCGGCGGCUUCGGAGGGGAGACAAGCGGUGGCGGCAGCGGUGGUGGCGGCCAGCAGCGGGGAGGCAGGCCCAGCCUGGGACUGGAGCCGGCGGCAGCGGCAACCACUGCUGCUCACAGGGACCAGGAGUCUGUGGCCAGGCCCUCCUACUGAGGCCCUGUGCCGGGAGCCCCCAGGACACCCCACCCUCCUCUGCCUUCUUCCACCUGCACGCCUCCCUCCUCUCCUCCCUUCUCCUUUACCCACUUCCCAUCCCACCUCAUCUGCUCCCCUCUCCAUCUCCUCCGGUCUUAGUCUGUCUGGGUCUACUAGCACCCCAUCCUCCCUAGCCCCUGCACUCCCGCCUCUCCUUGCCCCCAGCAUGCUUUUCCCGUGGGGGCUGAGGGCUUGAGGACUCCAGGCCCUAGCCUCGUCCAGGGCAGGGCCAAGGCUGGGGGGAGGGGGGAAGGGGGUUACCCCCUCCCCCCCCACUAAGCCCUCCCCUCCCCCACUCCUCCUGAUGGCCGGCUUCCUUUUCUCCACCCAGUCCUUGCCCCCUGUGGCCCCCCCAGGCCGGCCUGGCUAGGGGAGGGGGCAGGGGCCCUUUCCUGGGCCGGCUUCCCCCUCCCCCGGCUUGCCUGUGCCCCCCUUCCAUUUUCACCUUCCUCUCCUCCUUUCCUCCCUCCUUCCCCUCCAUUUGCUCCUUCCCCCUCUUCUCUCUCCCCUUCUCUCCUCCAUUUUCUCCUUUCCCCUUCCUCUUCUCCCCAGCCUGCCCUCUCCUCUUCCACCUGUCCUUUCUCCCUGCUACCGGGGAGCCACCGUUUUGGAUUAGUUGGGGGCCACCGCUGGUGGUGGGGGAGGGGGCCCCUGUGGACUGCCCUCUCCCCCUGCCCCAGCCACACCACCACCCAGCACCAGAGCAUCUCCCUGUUGUCGUUCCUCGGGCCUCGGGCCUCGAGGGAGCCCAGCCCUCCGUCCCUCCAGGAUCCGUGAGUGUCUGCAGGCGGGGAUUGGGCUGGGUUCUGGGUCCUGGAAGGCUGGGCUCAGUGCCGCUUGGCAGGGUCCCCACUGCUCCCCGGACUGGCAAGUACCCUCCCCCACCAGGGGCCUGCUCUGAACCUCCAUCUCUCCAGCCUCCAUUCACCCUGACCUUUUCUCACCCCUUCUGGGUCCACAUCUCACCCCUAUACCAACCCCACCUCCUGGGGUCCUACGGGGCUGUCUCUUACUUGUGGGCUCAUUCCUCCCAGGCCCCUGGCAUGUCUCUGUCUCUGCUUUCUCCCACUGUCAGUCCCGGUCCCAGACCAGACAGACUCUUGUCUCUCUCUCUCUCUCUCUCUCUCUUCCAUCCAUCCUCUGAGCCUCAUCCCCUCUGCCUGCCUUGGGCCCUGUCUCCAGCCCAUCCAGAUUCAAUCUCCUUGAAAAGAUGUCUCAGUUUUUGAGUCUCCCAUUUCAUGUGUCUCUUGGGCCUUUCUCAGACUUUACCCAACUUCUCUCCUCUCUGCUAUAGCCGGCCCUUCCUUGGGGUGUUUAUGUUGAUAACCCUCUCUCCCUGUCAAAGCUCCCUUUCUCAGGUCUCUCUUUUGAGGCUCCCUAGCAGGUCUCUUUCCACUUCUCUCCUUUCUGUGCCUCAGAUGUGCCUGUGCUCACCUGUCUCCUCCCUCCCUCUGGGCUUGAAGGCUGUCCUCCUGUUCCUACUUCUCUGCUCUCCCCCAGAUCCACUCUGGGCGCCCGGCUCCUCCAUCCCUCACUCCUUAGCGCUGCCCUGCCAGCCGCUUGGGUUCACGUUGGCUUUUCCUUGCCGGUCUCACUUUUCCCGCCCCCGUCCUCUCUCCCCACAUCUGCGUUACCUCGUGUGCCCUUUCUGCUCCCAUUCCUCCCCACACCUGGGGGCUUGAGGGCCCUGGGAUCUUCUGCUCCCCCGCAUGGCAUCCCUGAGUGCACGCCCUGGCUCUGCCUGUUCUCCAGGGCACUCACUCUUCCUUUCCGCCUCAGUUUCCUUCCCUGAUGCUCUUCUCUCCUGGUUUGCAAAUCACCCCUCUCCCUGUGUGCUUCUCCCCCUCUGCCCCUUCCUAUUCUGGGGGCCUGCUCUGAACUCUGACAUACUUUCUCUUUCUUUCAGACCAGUUCUCACCGUUUUCAGAGUUUUGCUGUCUUUCUUCUUACCAUGUUUCUUGUACCAGCUGCUAUUUAUUUCUGUUCCUGCCUACUCCUUGCCCCUUUGCCUCCUUAACCUGCUUGCUUCUCGCUUGGCUGAUGUCUAUCAUUUGUCCACUUGUCGGUCUUUCUCCUCUAGUGGGGCCCCUGUCUUGGCCCCUUUUACUCAGUUGUUUGCUGUGUUUCCAUCUUUGUCCUACAUCUGUGAGUCCCAGGCCUGCCUGACAUGCUCUCCUUCUCUCUCACACCCUCUGUCUUGUCUCUGUCCCCUGUGGUGUCUCACUUUUAGGCUGUGUCUGUGUCUCAUUUAGCCCCAGGUCCUAUCUUUUGGGCUUUGUUUCUCUCUGUAUGUACCUUUCUAUACCUCUGUGUCCAUUUGCCGACCCAAACCCUGUCCUACACUCUUUUUCUGUCUUUCUGCUCCCACCUGUGUCUGCCACCUGUGGGACCCUGUUCCUUUCCCUAUCUCUCCCUUAGUCUUUCUGUCCUCUAGUCUCUGCUCCCUAAUAUGCCCCGGAAGUCGCUGGUGUCGCAGGAUGACCCCCCCCACUCCUGCCUCUCCUAGCCCCGCCCUUCACACCCUCCCUUUGAGGUCUCCUUCCGGGCCUCCCAGCAUCCCUUGCUCCUCCACCCUUGACAAGCCUUCAUCUUAGAUCCCAAUUACAGUUUGCAGCCACUAGCCUGUCCAGCAUGCACUCCCACCACCUGCUUCUUCCCCGAGACCCAGAGAGAGAGGGGUGACUUACUCAAGGUCACACAGUGGCAAGUGGGGGCCGCGGCAGCUGCGUCCCCAUGAGGAGGGGAGGAAGAUGCCGGCUGAGCUGCUGCUGCUGCUGAUUGUUGCCUUUGCCAGACCCAGCUGCCAGGUGCUCUCAUCACUGCGCAUGGCUGCAAUCCUGGAUGACCAGACAGUGUGUGGCCGUGGUGAGCGUCUUGCCUUGGCCCUGGCCCGGGAGCAGAUCAACGGGAUCAUCGAGGUCCCAGCCAAGGCCCGAGUGGAAGUAGACAUCUUUGAGCUGCAGCGGGACAGCCAGUACGAGACCACGGACACCAUGUGUCAGAUCCUGCCAAAGGGAGUCGUGUCUGUCCUGGGGCCCUCCUCCAGUCCAGCAUCUGCCUCCACCGUGAGCCAUAUCUGUGGGGAGAAGGAGAUCCCCCACAUCAAGGUGGGUCCCGAGGAGACGCCCCGCCUUCAGUACCUUCGCUUCGCGUCUGUCAGCUUGUACCCCAGUAACGAGGACGUCAGUCUGGCAGUCUCCCGAAUCCUCAAGUCCUUCAACUACCCCUCGGCUAGCCUCAUCUGCGCCAAGGCUGAGUGCCUGCUGCGAUUGGAGGAACUGGUGCGUGGCUUCCUCAUCUCCAAGGAGACGCUGUCAGUGAGGAUGCUGGAUGAUAGCCGGGACCCCACGCCACUGCUCAAGGAGAUCCGGGAUGACAAGGUGUCCACCAUCAUCAUCGACGCAAAUGCGUCCAUCUCCCACCUCAUCCUCCGCAAGGCCUCAGAACUGGGAAUGACCUCAGCAUUUUAUAAGUACAUCCUCACCACCAUGGACUUCCCCAUCCUGCAUCUGGACGGUAUUGUGGAGGACUCUUCCAACAUCCUGGGCUUCUCCAUGUUCAACACCUCCCACCCUUUCUACCCUGAGUUUGUGCGCAGCCUCAACAUGUCCUGGAGGGAGAACUGCGAAGCCAGCACCUAUCCGGGCCCUGCGCUAUCUGCUGCCCUGAUGUUUGACGCUGUGCACGUGGUGGUGAGCGCCGUCAGGGAGCUGAACCGCAGCCAGGAGAUUGGCGUGAAGCCGCUGGCCUGUACAUCGGCCAACAUUUGGCCCCACGGGACCAGCCUCAUGAACUACCUGCGCAUGGUAGAGUAUGAUGGGCUGACUGGGCGGGUCGAGUUCAACAGCAAAGGGCAGAGGACCAACUACACCCUGCGCAUCCUAGAGAAGUCCCGGCAGGGCCACCGUGAGAUCGGGGUGUGGUACUCUAACCGGACCCUGGCCAUGAAUGCCACUACCCUAGACAUCAACCUGUCGCAGACGCUGGCCAACAAGACCCUGGUGGUCACAACCAUCUUGGAGAACCCAUAUGUCAUGCGCCGGCCCAACUUCCAGGCCCUGUCCGGGAAUGAGCGCUUUGAAGGCUUCUGUGUGGACAUGCUGCGAGAGCUGGCUGAGCUGCUGCGCUUCCGCUACCGCCUGCGCUUGGUGGAGGACGGGCUGUAUGGGGCCCCUGAACCCAAUGGCUCCUGGACAGGCAUGGUUGGCGAGCUCAUCAACCGGAAGGCAGACCUGGCUGUGGCCGCGUUCACCAUCACAGCUGAGCGGGAGAAGGUCAUCGACUUUUCCAAACCCUUCAUGACCCUAGGGAUCAGCAUCCUCUACCGAGUGCACAUGGGUCGAAAGCCUGGAUACUUCUCCUUCCUGGACCCCUUCUCCCCUGCCGUGUGGCUCUUCAUGCUUCUUGCCUACCUGGCAGUCAGCUGCGUCCUGUUUCUGGCUGCCAGGCUGAGUCCCUACGAGUGGUAUAACCCGCACCCAUGUCUCCGGGCACGCCCCCACAUCCUGGAGAAUCAGUACACGCUGGGCAACAGCCUGUGGUUUCCUGUGGGGGGCUUCAUGCAGCAGGGCUCAGAGAUCAUGCCCCGGGCGCUGUCCACGCGCUGUGUCAGUGGAGUCUGGUGGGCCUUCACCUUGAUCAUCAUCUCCUCCUACACGGCCAACCUGGCCGCCUUCCUCACCGUGCAGCGCAUGGAGGUGCCUGUGGAGUCAGCUGAUGACCUGGCGGAUCAGACCAAUAUUGAGUACGGCACCAUCCACGCUGGCUCCACCAUGACCUUCUUCCAGAAUUCUCGUUACCAGACAUACCAGCGUAUGUGGAAUUAUAUGCAGUCAAAGCAGCCCAGUGUGUUCGUUAAGAGCACAGAAGAGGGUAUCGCCCGUGUCCUCAACUCCCGCUAUGCCUUCCUGCUGGAAUCCACCAUGAAUGAGUACCAUCGGCGCCUCAACUGCAACCUCACCCAGAUCGGGGGCCUCCUCGACACCAAGGGCUAUGGCAUUGGCAUGCCGCUGGGCUCUCCGUUCCGAGAUGAGAUCACGCUGGCCAUCCUGCAGCUCCAGGAGAACAACCGGCUGGAGAUCCUGAAGCGCAAGUGGUGGGAGGGCGGCCGGUGCCCCAAGGAGGAGGAUCAUCGAGCGAAAGGUUUGGGCAUGGAGAACAUUGGUGGCAUUUUUGUCGUGCUUAUCUGUGGCCUCAUCAUUGCUGUCUUUGUGGCAGUCAUGGAAUUCAUAUGGUCCACACGGAGGUCAGCAGAGUCUGAAGAGGUGUCGGUGUGCCAGGAGAUGCUGCAGGAGCUGCGCCACGCCGUGUCUUGCCGCAAGACGUCGCGUUCCCGCCGGCGCCGGCGCCCGGGCGGCCCGAGCCGGGCCCUGCUGUCGCUGCGCGCGGUCCGCGAGAUGCGCCUCAGCAACGGCAAGCUGUACUCGGCUGGCGCGGGCGGGGAUGCGGGCGGCGCGCACGGGGGUCCGCAGCGCCUUCUGGACGACCCAGGACCGCCUGGCGGGGCCCGGCCCCCCGUCCCCACCCCCUGCACCCACGUGCGCGUCUGCCAGGAGUGCCGGCGCAUCCAGGCGCUGCGGGCCUCGGGGGCCGGUGCGGCCUCGCGUGGGCUGGGCGUCCCCUCCGAGACCACCAGCCCGCCCCGGCCGCGGCCCGGCCCCGCCGGCCCCCGCGAGCUGGCCGAGCAUGAGUGACCACGGGUGGGGCAGGGCAGGCGCCCAGACUGACCGCAGGGACAGGGCCCGGCUGCUCCCACUUCCCCAGCGGGAGGCGGACAGGACUUGCGUGCCGGAGCUGCCGACGCUGGGAUUUUGCCUUGGUUUUUCUGUGAAGUCCGAACCCUGGCUCGGGAGCCCGCCUGCGCCCCCCGGUGGACUCGUGAGAGGGUGCCGCGGAUGCCUGCACUCCGCCUCCUGCAGGCAAAGAGCCCAGACACCCAGGACUCCAGGGACAGGGAACUUUGGGAGUCAAUCCUGGAAGCAGAAAGCAGUCCGUGGAGAGGACCCCAUCCUAGGACUGCUCAGGCCCCCCAAGACUGGACUCAGUCUCCCACGCUUCUGGAGGUGGGAGAGCCUCUGGACAGAUGGGUGUCUCCUGGUGCCCCUCCACUCUUCUCUUUCUCUCUUUUUUGGGGGGAGAAACCUCGGAAUUUCUAUGAGAUCCUCCCCCCCCCGGGGAGGGGGUCCGUUGGGCCUCCAUCCCUCCCCGUGCCACAUCUCAGUCCCUGUUGGAAUAAAAAAAGAACAAAACCCCCAAA